AUGUUAAGCUGUAGACCAGACGUUCUGGAGAGUCAGCUAGUGUCGGCUUUUAGGGCCGCCGCCGCUCUUCCCGAUGCCGAAUCAUUGGAUCUACGUCACCCAUCGCUGUCGCCGCUGGAGGAUGGACGCCACUCUCAGCAUCAGCACUCAGCGGAGCCCUCGACGCAUCACGCCGGACCCCUAGAACUGACUUCGGGUUAUUCGCGUAAACGUUCCCACCGCCAGUUGGAGUUGCCCAAUUUCUUCGCUUCUCCAACGCACCCGGAUACCGGUGGCCUUCUCGGUGAGCAAUCGUUGGUCGGCAACGACGGAGGACCACCCGAGGGACCUAGCUCCCGGAAGAAGUCCAAGUUCUCGGCCAACAGCUCAGCGGCGGCCGCAGCAGCAGCAGCUGCGGCAGCGGCCGUAGCCGCCAACUACUACGACAACGCAUAUCUUUCGUUCGAGAAGAGUCUCCGCGGAGCGUUCGGAGCGAAUGCGGAGGGUAUAGGAAGCUUGUCAUCGAUGCUCGAUGGUGGCCACCUGAAUCCUCUUCAGCUGGUCGAUCCUUAUCAGUCCAGUUCCCAUCAUCAUCAUCAACAGCAACACCACCAUCAGCAACAUCAUCCUCAUCAUUUGCUAAGUCCGAUCAACUAUACCCUAACGGCCGAAGCGAUCAAUCGCCGUAUACGCAGUACCCUUGGGUUGGAGUUGGAAACGGAGCAAAGCGCACGUGACCCUGGCUCGGACCGGGCUCCAUCGGCAAAGGAUUCUGCGGGUGAGUCGGGUGAGUGUUACGGGGCUGCUCCGGGUAGUCCGGAUUGGAUGCGGCGCAGUAUCGGUGGUCCAUCACAAUCCCUAAACGAUUCGACCGGUGCGUACGCACGAGAUAGUCCCCUCGGUACGGGUACGUCUUCUCCGGCUGCUUCUCAUCCUUCUGCUCCUCCUCCUCUGGGAUCGGGCUCUGGGUCAUACGGGGAGCACAAGUUUGGAGCCCAUUAUUCGCCCGUACCGCCAUCGGCGACCACCAUGAUGCACGAUGAUAACAACAAUGUGGAUAAGAAGCCCGCUUUUUCCGAGUGAGUGAAAGGAUACGGAGUGCCGUAGUACUGCGGCUUUUCAUAGCGAAGCUGCUGGUGUGCUUUAUAUAUCCCAGUUAAUUGAUAACACUAGAUACUGAGAUGUGUAGUGGAAUGGUGGUCGGACAUUUGGGACACGAAAUUUUAUCAACAAAAUGGCGAACGGUCACAUUUGGUAGUGUAGGGUAACCAGCCGGCAACUCCUUCGUAGGCCCGCAUCCUGUAUGGGAUCCACGGCUUCUAGGAUCGUUGUCAGAAGUGGUGCCCAAAGGGAGGGUUCUUUCGACAGGCGAGAAGCAAUUUAAGAUGUACUAUUCCUUCCGAAAUCUACGUAACCAUAGUAACGAACGUGCAGUGUAACGAAGUGUAACUUUGAAUUUUGACUGAAAACUGAGGCUGGUGGUACGAUUGCAAACAUUUUUUUGAAAAAUGCCUUCCUUUCGUGUAUGUGUACGUGUGUAUGUGUGCCGGUAUCGUUAAGCAGCUCAUUCGCUAGCCUUUGAUUUGAGUUCAUGACAAUCGUGACACGUUUUUCAUCAAAAUUAUACUCUCACGGUUUUUAUUUUUCAAUUAUUUAAAUCAUUGUUACUAAAAGAAGAAGACAGAUAAUUUUGUUAAAUCAUUCUCGAUGUAAAACAUUUUUGAAAAAAAAAUCUAACAUUCCCUUAAAUGGACUGUGCUAUACUAGUAUCAUAACAUAUUGCGUCAAACGUGCCCCCCAAUUCGGAGCUUAAGUUUUAAAAAAUGGAAACAAGCCUUUCGAUGUGAAGCAUAUAGGUGUAGCAGUGUAGAGAGACAGAAAGCGAAGAGAAGAGAGCACCAGGAAGGCGCUAGGAAAUUUACUGAUAAUUCCCACAACCCCUCCUCCCCCUCAUAUGAUAAUCAAAACGUAUAUAAACCGAGCAUGACUUUGACUAAACAGAAGUAAAACCCUUGGUGAUUAUUCUAGACUGAUUAGUAUACUAUACGAACGCGAAAGCAGUAUAUACACUCCAUCGGUAUCAUCGGCGCGAGACGCGAGCUAGGGCAGCAACGGAUGAGGCUUAUCUAAGGAUUUCAAUUCCGGGGAGCAUACCGGGGGUUUUGUAUCAUGAGGAGGAGUGGAAAUGGUGAAAAUUUUGAACACAUUGUGCACGUAGGUUGGCGAGUUUGCGGUUUGAGGCCACCAACCGUGUGGUUAGCGGGAGAGCUUCACACCUAUACCAGCAAUGAACCUAAUUGGACCCCAGAGAAUGGGAGCUGAGGAGUCGAAGAGAGAGAGAAAGAGAGGGUUAGACUCUGGGCCGACGGUUAAUCGUUUUGAGAUCCGGGUGAUCCGGGGAUCGAGACCGAGAACAAUGCAUAUUUGGAGCAGUGAAGUGAAGUUACUACUUCCAAUGACCGGUAAUAAAGUAUGUUAAACGAUUCUUCCAGUAUUUGUAUCGUAUCAUCCA